UCUCGUUUCACAUGUCGGGAGACAGACUGGCAGCAGCAGUAAGCUGAAACCAGGUUUUAUUCAGAAAGGGUUUCGCUGCUGUGAAAGGAGAAUUUUUUUAAAGCGGAGGCAUGCGUGUUUUCUAAUUUAAAAUGGGUUACGUUCCUGUCAAAAUAGGAUCGCGCAUUCCAUCUGCUCGGCGGUGGUAACGUCUGAAGUCUGAGCCCGAGUCUGGCCACAGCUUCGCGGCGCAACGGGGAGAAAGUCACAGCUGGGAGUAUUUCAGUCCCGCCGCGUUAUUGGCGGUGCUGAGCGCGGCCUUCCUCCGAGUGGGUGCACGGUGACCGUGGGGAGCGUGUUUGUCGUGUCAGAUGAGCGUUCUGUCUGCAGGGCAGGGGACGUGCCUGUCCCCCGAGCUCACUCGCAGCGCCGUGACUCAGGGCGCGGGCACGCGGGGAAUGUAUUAAUAGCUAUUGCUUUCUAUCGCCUGCCUAUCAAGCGGUGCCUUAUCAGAAAUAGAUCGGGCUGGUGAGACUGGCUGCGCGUUGUUUACGAGCUCCUGGCUGCGGGCAGUAUUUCCCCGAGCGCUGUCCGUCUGUCCGGCUGUCCGGCGCUGAGCGCGGCUCUGGCCAGGCUCCGGGCGGCGCGGCCGCACGCCCCUCCGGCCGGCGGCGUGGCCCAGAGUUAUGAAGGAUGAAGAUGAUGCUGAGGAUGGGGAGAACACCCUGGGGGAGCCGAGCUGAGUGAAGAUGGAGCAGGAGGAGCCGCGGGCGCUGCAGAGCAGCAGUUCCUCGCCGUGAGCUGGGGCGCGGACGUGACGGGGCUGGGGGCUCCUGGCGGCUCGAGUUCAGCAUGAUUUGUUGGUUCUCUUGUGCAGCCAAGGACACACUGAACCCCGACUGGAGCAAGUACGAUGACAGGCUGAUGAAGGCAGCUGAAAGGGGCGAUGUGGAGAAGGUUUCAUCCAUCCUGGCCAAGAAGGGGGUCAGUCCCACAAAGCUGGACGUGGAAGGGAGAUCCGCAUUCCAUGUUGUAGCAUCAAAGGGAAACCUGGAUUGCUUGAACACCAUCCUGGUGCACGGAGUUGAUAUCACAGCCACUGAUGCUGCAGGCAGAAACGCCCUGCAUUUGGCUGCAAAGUAUGGCCACGCCUUGUGCUUGCAGAAGCUCCUGCAGUACAACUGCCCGACAGAAAAUGUGGAUCUCCAGGGAAGAACUGCUCUUCAUGAUGCAGCCAUGUCCGACUGCUCCGCCAGCAUCCAGCUGCUCUGCGACCACGGCGCCGCCGUCAACUCCAAGGACGGGGACGGGAGGACACCGCUGGUGCUGGCCACCCAGAUGUGUCGCCCCGCCGUCUGCCAGCUGCUCAUAGACAGGGGGGCCGAUGUCAAUGCCAGGGACAAGCAGAGCAGGACUGCCCUAAUGUUAGGCUGUGAAUAUGGCUGCAAGGAUGCCGUGGAGGUGUUGCUCAGGAAUGGUGCUGAUGUUGGUUUGACUGAUGGCCUUGGGCAUGACUGUGCUUACUAUGCCAGGAUUGGGGACAAUAUUGACAUUUUGGCUUUAAUAAAAGCUGCCCUUGAGGACUCCAGCAGAGGAAGAGACAGCAUCAAGAGAGGGCAGGCUGAGCAAAAGGCCACCAGCAUGUCCCAGAAGUGGGGCCGGGGCUACGGAGCCCAGGAGGAGCUCACGCUGUUCCAGAAGGAGCCCAGCACUCAGGACUUGGAGCUGGAAAACCAAGAUUUGAAAGAUCGAAUGAGGGAAGUGCAGGAGGAGCAGAGGAUGCUGCUGGACAGAAUCAGUGGGCUACAGCUGCAGCUCACUGAGGAGCAAAUGUUUGCAGAUGAUCUUGAGAAUGAGAAAGAUGAGCUGAAGAAAAUCCUGACUACCAAGGAAAAGCAGCAGGAAGAAAGUUUAAGGACUAUUGAAGCUCUCAAAGCUAAACUCAAGUAUUAUGAAGGUGACUCCGCGGGGUCUGGAGGUAACUUUGGAAACAGAAAAGAAGAUUUAUUGCUUAAACAAGGCCAGGCAUUUGCAGUGGAAUCCCAGUCCAGGUCUAUGCUGAGGCCCCUGGAGCUGUCCCUGCCUACCCAAUCCCCCAGCUCCGAGAAGGAGGCUUUGAAGAAGGAGCUGGAGAGCCUGAGGGGCUGCUUGGGCGCAGCCAAGGAGGAGAUCAGCAAGCUGCAGAGGGAGCUGGCCCUGAAAGGCUCGGAGUGCCGAGCUCUGGCCGCCGAGUGCGAGAGGAGCAAGGCGGAGUCUGACAGCCAGGUCAGGCAGCUGGAGGAUGCCCUGAAGGACGUGCAGAAGAGGAUGUUCGACUCCGAGGGCAAGGUGAAGCAGAUGCAGAGCCACUUCCUCGCUCUCAAGGACCACCUGGCCAGCGAGGUGGCCUCGGGGAGCGCCAAGGUGACCGAGGAGCUCAAGGAGCAGCUCCGGGAGAUGAAAGCCAAGUACGAGGGAGCCUCUGCUGAGGUGGGCAAGCUGAGGAACCAGAUCAAGCAGAACGAAUUGCUGGUGGCAGAGUUCCGCAGGGACGAGGGCAGGCUGGUGGAGGAGAACAAAAGGUUGCAGAAGGAGCUUGUGAAGUUGGAGGUGGAGCGAGAUAAAAGGGGCAGGAAUGUCACGGAGUUGGAAGGGCAGCUCAGGGAGACGGCGGCCAAACUGGCCCAGUGUGUGAGCGCAGAGCAGUUUGAGAACAUGAAGAGUUUGCUGUCGGACGAGGUGAGCGAGAAAGCGAGGAGGUUAGCAGAGGUGGAAGGGGAGCGGGACAAGCUGCGGGCAGAGGUGGGGCUGUUGCAGAGGGAGUCUGAGAGUCAGAGAGCUCAGCUGGCGCAGCGUGUGAAGGCAGAGGAGCACGAGCAAAUGAGGAGUGGGUUUGAGCAGAGGGAAGAGGAGCUGGGGAAGGCAAUUUCUGAGCUAUCACAGAAGAAUGAGACUCUGCAGAAGGAGCUUGAAAGAUUGCAGGCUGAUAACAAGGUGCUGAAGCAGCAAGUCCAAAUGCUAAAAACUGAAAUUAAAAGCCAGAAUGUGCCUUUAAAAAUUCAUGAGGAGUUGAAGAAAGCAAACGAUCUGGCUGUGGGUGACCUGACAAAAAAGCUUUUUGAAAUUACAAAGAAGUACAAUGAAAGCAAAGCAGAAGCUGAAAAGUUGCUGGCAGAGAAGAACAACUUAAAUGAGAAUAUCAGCCACUUGCAAGCUGUGUACCUGUCUCCAGAGCAGCACAAGAAAGAGCUGGAAGCUUUACAAUCUAAUGGGAUUGAGCUUGAGAAGCAGCUCGCUGAGCUUCAGAAGAAAUAUGAUGAGGAGCAAGCGAAAGUGGGCAAACUGGUGGCUGAGAACACAGGCUUGAGGGAGACCCUGAGGGAUCAGUACGUGCUGGCCACCACGCACGAGGAGGUGAAAACUGUCCUCAACAGCACCCUGGAAAAGACCAAUGGGGAGCUGUCAGACCUGAAGGGCAAAAUUGGAGAGAUAAAGCAAGAGUUCCUGAGGGUAAACGAAGAAAAUGGAGCUUUGAAAAACCAGGUGAAACUCUUACAGAACCAAUUAAAAACGGAGUAUAUCAGUUUAAAAGAUCACGAAGGCACGGUAAAUACUUUAAACAAAAGCGUGCAAGAGCUGCAGGAGAGCAACGCUGCCGUCAGGGCUGAGCACCAGAGGGGGCAGGAUGAAAUCUUACAGUUGCACGCAGAAAUUGAAGCCCAGAAGAAGGAACUGGACACAAUUCAGGAGUGCAUCAAGUCCAAAUACGCGCCGGUGGCCUCCUUUGAGGACAGAGAGCAGAGCCUGGAAGCCGCCCUGAAGGACCUGAGGGCGCAGCUGCAGGAGCAGGAGCAGAGGCGCAGAGGCAGCGAGGAGGAGGUGCAGAGGUGCCGGGAGGAGAACGAGAAGCUCAGGAGCGGGCUGCUGUCCAUCCAGAACGACCUGCAGCACAACUACGUCCUGGCAGAGAAGUCCCGCCAGCUGGAGAGGCUGUGUGCCAGCAGCAUGGAGGAGCUGAGGCAGCAGCUGAGGGCUCUGCUGAGCAAGCACGCGGGGCAGGAGGGGCAGCAGGACGGGGCUGAGGCUCAGCAGCCGCCGGCAGGGCGGCUGGAGGCGCUGAGGGAGGCUCUGGGGCGCGCGGUGCAGGAGCUGCGGGAGGCCCUGAGCGGCAAGGAGGAGCGGUACCGCAGGGAAGCGCUGCGAGUCGGGGAGCUGCAGCGGGAGCUGGCUGACCUCAGGGAGUCCUCGGUGCCUCUGGGGGAGUACAACCGGCUGAAGGAAGGGCUGCAGGGAGAAAUCACGGCCAUCAAGGGCAGCCUGGAGGAAAAGGAGGCAGAAGCGCAAGCCAAGAGCGAGGAGGUGCUGAGGCUGCAGGCGGAGCUGCGGCUGAGCCAGCAGGCCUUGGCAGAGCUGCAGAGCCAGGAGGUGGUGGCCGUGGCGGAGUACAGCUCCAUGAAGGCUGCCCUGGAGGCCCAGGUGAGCAGCAUGGCUGGCCACUUGGCCAGCAUGAGCCACAAGUACGAGCAGGCCUGCGAAGAGGCCCUGCAGGCCAGAAGGAGCGAGCUGUCCCUCAAGGACGAGAAGGAGCUGCUCCAGCUGAGGAGCUGCAGCAUCGAGCAGGAGAUCAAGGACCAGAAGGAGAGGUGUGACAAGUCACUGACGACCAUUAUUGACCUGCAGAAGAGGAUCCAGGAGUCUGCAAAGCAGGUGGAAGCCAAGGACAACAAGAUAACAGAGCUGCUGAAUGAUGUGGAGCGGUUAAAGCAGGCUCUCAACGGCUUGUCCCAGCUGACAUACACCACUGGGAUCCCCUCCAAGAGGCACAACCAGCAGGUGGAACUGCUCCAGAGCCAAGUGAAAACACUCCAGCAGCAGCUGGCUGACGCCACGCGGCAGCACCAGGAGGUGGUGGCAGUGUACAGGACACACCUGCUCAGCGCUGUCCAGGGUCACAUGGAUGAGGACGUGCAGGCCGCCCUGCUGCAGAUCAUCCGCAUGAGGCAGGGCCUGGUGUGCUGAGUGCUGCUGGCUCUGCUGCCGUGCCUGGGGGAGCGCCACCCUGCAGGGCCCUCGUGCUGAUCUGGAGCUAGGGAUGGUGGUAAAGCUGCAGUGACGGCCUCCCAGUACCAAACAGCUCUCAGAGCUGAAGCGUUUUCUCCUCGUCAAACACUAAACCUGGGCUGUGGCGUUUCAGGCCUGGCACUUUUUUCAUGAGAUGGAUAAAAGGUCUGGGACAUCUUUUAAAACUGUCAAAAUGAUGACGUAGAGGUUAAAUUAUUGUAAUGUCUGAUUGACCACUUGUUAAAGCAGGACCUAUGCCCAGGAGCUCCAGUGGAUCCUUGAACUCUCAUGGGAUGGUUAAAAAUAAACUGUGCAGAGCAGUGUGGCUGAGUGUUGUAGCUGUGGAUGUCCCUUAAUGAUUAAGAGAAAGUGGCUCGUUUGUCACGCUGGCUGAGCAGGAUGUGCUGUGACACACACAGGAAGGUGUUUUGCUGUCUCUUGUAACUUGGCUGGCCAAGUUACAGCCUUUAUUUAAUAUAGAAGCUUGAGAUUUAGUGCCUUCGCUUCUACAAGACUUUGAAAAAUCAGGUUUUCCAUCCAAACACUAACACUCCCUGCCCCCAAAGUGUUCCUGAAUGCUUCAAUCCUGGCUCCUGCAGGCUGGAGUGGCCUGGUUGGGGGAGCAGGACCAUGGGGCAGCUCAGGUGCUGGAUUUUCAAGCACCAGCUGAUGGAAUCUGAGCUGCAAAUGAUGUGCUUUAAUCUUAUUUAUGGGGGAAGAUGUCAGCAGUGAGGAUUAAUGGAAGGAGAAUUUUUAAUUGCUGGAAUCACCCCAUGAAACAAGGCUUCAUUUUUAACUGAAGGAUGGUUUCCAUAAGGAAGCUUUAUGAGAAAAAAAAACCCCAAAAUACAAACCAUGAAAUUUGUUACUGUUCAAGGGAAGUCUUUGAAAAAUGAGCCUGUUAAGGAGCGGGGCUGUUUAAAUUGAGCACCAGUGAGUGCUGACCUCAGUCUGCUUUUUAAAAGCCUUUGCUGAUAACCACCGAGGGGGAAUGUGGCAUCCUGAUGCAGAAAAGCCAAACUUCCUCUCCAUAAUCCUGAAAAAUGAGGGCUGAAGUCAGAGUUCCCUGUUUUGUGUUGUUUGGGCUCCCCCAGCUGCCCCUCCAGGCCUUGGGCUCCUUUUUUAACACUAGAGUUGUGUUUAUGUCCUGUUAUUUUCUCCCUUUUUGGGCAGAGUCUUGUAGGAUUGAAGAGGCCACGUGGAGGCUCCAGACAGUGAUGGAUGUGCAGGGCAGUUUUUAUAUAGAAAUACCCUUAAUAUAUUUACUGAGUACGUGUCUGUAGUGAAACAGAUCUGCUGCUGCUUUCCUUUAGUUUCUUAGAGGACUAUUACAGAAAACAUCUCAGAGUAAAGAGUUACUUUUUAGCCAAAUUCUUUUACGAUUGCAUUACUUGAAACUUAUUGGAGAGGAUUUGUUUUGUUGUUCUAACUGGCCUAUUUUGAUACUGUGUUUCCUUAUCCAGGGAGUUCUAGCUGUGUUUUUUCUAAAUCUCUCCCGUAUUACAACAUCAAUAAAAUGGUUUCUUCUUUUUUUUUUUCUUUGUA